CGAUGGGAAGAUGGCGGCCGGCGGCAGCAGCGGUCCCGGCGAUGCCUGCAGGCACCACGCGCAGCUGGGCGUCUGCGAGUCGCGCGCCAAGUACCGGGAGGGGCGGAGGCCGCGCGCCGUCAAGAGUCAGAAUGAAUUCCCGUUACCGUGACGGCGUCGCUCCCACUGCCCGUUGUGAGCGGCCCCUGUCACCCCCGUGACACGAAGCAGAAGAGCGCACUUGGCGUUUUGCUACCCGCUGGGGAAGCCCCCGCUUCGCUCCGCGUCUCGCUUCUGUUUGUCUCUCUGUCCGGAAAGCACAAGCUGUUUGGUCACGGCGGCGGGGACACGGUUUUGCACACGCGGGAUCUGCCCUAGGACGUCGUGCCAAUUCUUAGAUUUUCUCUUUGCCGCCACGUUUGCCCGUGAGGCCCCUCUGCCGGAGAGCACAGGGGUCUGACGCUGGUUUUUCUUUAUCCUGGCAGUGCCUCAUGCUACACUUUUUCCCCCCCCCCCCCCAGGUUUAUACUGUCAACUUGGAAUCUCGUUAUUUACUCAUACAAGGAGUUCCUGCGUUAGGUGUUAUGAAGGAAUUAGUUGAACAAUUUGCAUUAUAUGGUGCCAUUGAGGAGUAUCACGCUCUAGAUGAAUAUCCAGCAGAGCAAUUUACUGAAGUUUAUCUUAUAAAAUUCCAAAACCUGCAAUGUGCAAGGGUGGCCAAGAAGAAGAUGGAUGAGCGGAGUUUCUUUGGCAGUUUGCUGCACGUGUGCUAUGCUCCGGAAUUUGAAACUGUCCAAGAAACGAGGGAGAAGCUGCAGGACAGGAGGAAGUAUAUAGCAAAAGCAACAAAUCAAAGAGACUGCUUUGUGUUAAAGAAAGAGGGCCCUAAGAAGAUUAUGUCCAAGAUCUCCGGACGUGAUUGUCCAUGGAAUACAUCAGGACAAUGUGCAGCCAGUAACUGGGACCCAUCCUGCUUUACAGGUUCUCAGGGGGUAUCCUGCAGCGUAGGACAUCCAUCUGGGAACCAUCAUCAGAGCCCGCUGAUAUAUCCCCAUGAUAACAACUACGCUGAAACUUCUGGGUACUUUGGCCAAAGCACAUCCCCAACUCCAAGCAUCCAGCAGGGAGGAGGUACCCCUCCAACUCCUUUAGCCCAGCACAGAACUGCUCUGAUUGAUAACGGGCUUGAGAGGUUUAUGCCUCGUACAACUCACCUGCAAGAACGUAAGAGGAAGAGACAAGAAGGUAACAAGUUUUCCCUCAUUGAAACAAGCGGGGACAAAACUGAAGUUGUUAUUGGUCCGCAGCUACCAGAAAUACCUAAAGUGGAUAUGGAUGAUGAUUCUUUGAAUACUUCAGCUACAUUAAUUCGAAAUAAACUGAAAGAGGUAGCAGAUUCUGUUUCAAGAACAUCUGUGGAACAGCCAGAGAGUAGCACAGCCAAACCACUUGUAAAGCAGAGAAGAAGAAUAUAGAUACUGCUGGCAGUAUCUUCCAACAGUCCUUUUUUAAAGGAUGUAGUUUAAAAUACUUAUUUUUUUAUGUUAAAAAUAAAACUAUUUUAUACUGUUUUUCCAAGCAA